UGACAAUCAUGUUAUCUACGCUUUAUUUACGACAAAAUAAAAAUGAUUGACUUAAACGGAUAUUCUUCACAUCUGGAUUGAUCAUUAUGGGACAACCAUGGCGAAAACAUGCAGAAGACACGAAAUGGACUGAAAAGUAUAGUAAGACACUGAGGUCAAAGGUAAGAAAGAUAGUUCUGAAUGAGACAUGUAAACCUACAUUAUUAUUGCUGGGACCAUCUGGUCACGGAAAAUCGACAUUGAUCAAUUCCAUAUCGACUAUUAGCAAUAACAGACAAUCAAAUAUAGCAAACAGUGCGUCAGCAGCUUCAACACAAUCGACAACCGAGUUUCGCAGGUACGAAUUAAGAGGUUACCUUGACACCUUUCGGGUCGCGGAUACAGCAGGUGUUACUUUGGAAGAAAAUGAGCAAUAUUUAGAAAACAUUCUUGAAAUUAUAAAUGGGCACAUCCGUCCAAAUAAAGAGUUCAAUGUUGUAAACUCUACAAAGGAUGGCGACUACUAUAUCAAAUCUCCAGGCGAAUCCGACAAAGUUCAUUGUGUUAUUCUUGUAGUUGACAUAAGAAAUUUUGACAAAAUGAACACGGCUUUCAAAAACUACAAACGUUCAAUCCAAAAGAUGUUAGCGGAACUGAAUAAAUCAGAUAUUCCAAGAAUCCUGGUUCUAACUCAUGCAGAUAAAAUGGAUAGUAAUGUAAAUGAAGACAUAUCAAAAAUGUUCUACAGUGAAAAAAUAAAAGAAGCAGUCGAAAUCGCGAGUGAGGCGCUUGGUAUACCACUAGAAAACAUACAUCCGAUCGUAAAUUACUCAAAUACGAGCUAUGCAGUUGUCGAACCCAUCCUACAUAUUCCGAUUCUUCUCGCACUACAAGCAGCUCUUUAUUUUGCAUCCGACACGCUGAAUAAACGAAUGUGUUAAUAUAAGAUUAUUGUAAUUUAGAUUGUAUAAGACGUGUACACAACUGAAAACCUAUAUUUGAUACGACACUAGCCGAAUUUAAUAAAGGUAUUGUAACUGCGUUUGAGUCCAUUCGAAUCAGUCUUGUACUUGACAGCAUAUUUGGCAAUUUAUUUCACACCACCAAUUGUUAACAUUUUGCAAUUAUAUUUUCAGUUCGAGGACAGUAUGGACUGAAGAUUGAUUGUUACGUCUUGAUAGAAUUAUGAUGCUUUAUGAUGGUUUAUUCGUUAUCAAAUAGUGACUUAAAUAACCAUUGUAUAUUUAGAAGUGUUUCUUUUAGAAAAUACAUAUCUAUCAUUUAGUUUAAGUAAUAAUAUAAACAUAGUGUAUCAAGUUUCGUCAAUCAAACAGUACUUUUGUGUUCGGGGUUUAUUAUUACAUAAAUUGGUGUAUUAAUACAGUUUAAAUCAAUAAACAGUCGGAAAGUAUAGUUAUUAAACUAUUGGCGUGUUAUUAAAAUAGUAUAUUUUUCCAAUUAUAAUUGGAUAAAGAUAUUUUAUUUCACGUUUGUCAUCAAAAAUAUUUCGCUAUGAUAAACUCAUGAUGUUCUUGCUUAUGGGUUGGUAUUUUGAUUGUUUAUGAGAACAUAAUAGCAACCUUCAUUAUGUAACAUGGCAACAAUACCAAAACGACCCGGUGCCAGGUUAGUUGUCAAUCUUGAAAAUUGUUUUUCCGGUUUGAUAAAAUUUCUAUUACAUUCCAUUUAAAGUGAAAGAGCAAAAUGUCAACCCUUGACACUAAUUUUUCAACCUCGUCUAACGCCUCAGUUGGCAUCACUUGCUUGAAUCAUUAUUUCCUUCACAUUCCGAGGGAUGUUAUAGCAAUUCCUUUGACUUUUCCGGAAAAUAAUAAAUGAUAAAUGUGCGUGCGUGCUUGUGUACAUGCGUGCGCGCGUCCUUGUGUGUGUGUUUGUUGGUGUAUGCGCGUGCGUGCGUGUGUGUGGGCGUGUGCGUGUGUGUCCGAGGGGAGGGAAAAGUGGAAGAUGAAAUGGAAAGAAAAACAUAAUAAUUGUACAUAAAACGAGAAUUUACGCCUAACUAAACAUUUAGCUUUUAAUAAAGAACAUGGCACCGCAUUGAUAUGGAAAAAAACACUAUUUAGGGGUAUAUCUGAUAUAAAGUGUACCUUACCUCAUACUGAGUGCCAAUAUUUUCUUAUAACAAACUCUAAAUGAUAUGGAUACCCGCAAAGCGACAUUCUAAUAUGCUAAAGUUACAAAAGUGAUAUAAAUAGGACACUGACUCCCAAGACUAAUAUCUUAUUACUCAACUUACAUUACAAAAAGUGUUUGUUGAACAAACAUAGAAUAUAUCAAAUGUCAACUUUCGAGUAAUUACCAAGUAAGUAAGGCGUAAGUGUCUCUUUGUACAUUAUUAUAGGCUUAAACGGGCACCUGAUUCGGCCAGUUGGUGUUCUGUAAUCUAGCUUGAUAGCUUUCCAACAUUAAGAAUAUGGCGACGGUUGCGCUUCUUGAACUUAAAGCGAUGAGAGGCAAGUUUUUCAAAAUCACUUAUCAGGGCGCAACAUAUGGAAAAAUAGACAAAUACUAUGCUAGGUCAGUCACAUUGAUUAUAAGAACUGUCCGUCACAUAGUUGUCAGCUCAGUCUAUCAGGACCAAUUGUAGAUAAAACACAUACGUAGAAAUCAGGUUUGAUAAAACCUAGCUGCAAAAGAGUCUUAAAAUUGCUGCUAAUUUUGGAAAAAGAAAGAUAGAAAUUACAGAAACAG